AUGUAUGAAUAUACUUCGAGACUUGCUUUCUCUCUUAAUUUAAUUGCCAAUAAAUAAAAGUAAAGUUAAUAUAUAAAUUAGAGAAAUAAUUGAUGAAUUUGUAACUGAUUCUAUGUUUGCUGUAAGCUUGGAUGAAAGAACAAGACAGUUUAAUCUUGAAUUUAAGAAUAAAACUUUUGAAAAUCUCAAAAAUAUUAAAGAUUCUGAAUAAAUUAGAUAAUUUUUAAGAACAUCAUAUGUCUUAAAUAAUAUGAAUGAGAGUCAGAGAAUUAAUGAAAAAGUUUUAUCUAAAUUGUAAAAACUUGAAGAAUUCUGUUUCAAGAAAAUAAAAACUUCUGAAAGUUAUAUGAAUGCUGAAAACCAAGAUUAUGAGAUUGACAUUAUUUAAUAAGACAAGAUUAAUGAAAAACAUAAAAAGAUGAAACUUAUUGUUAAAUUAUUUAAUUUUGGAAAACCUAUUUUAAUUGUUAUUAUAAAAACUGAAUAAGUACAUAAUUUAAUAGAAUCAUAUGAAAAAGAUAUUUUAGAAUAUCAAUAAUCAAUUGUUAAUUAUUCAUAAGAAAUUCUUAAUAGAUAAGCUAAUAUCAAUUUAGAAAUUAAAACAAUUAAAUAACGCUUCUCUAAAAAUAUUUAAGAUUAAAUGUUCUUAAAAAUUUAAUGCCUCAAUUUAUAAAUUAUGAAUUAUGUAAGGAACUAUUUAAUAUACUUUCAAUAAGAUAAAAUACCAUAAAUUUCUUAGAUUUAAUAUAUUUCUAAUUUAUUUAUAUAUCUUGAUACAAUAUAAUAGUAUUUAUCUACUAUUGCAGAAUAUUAUUCUGUUAAAUUUAUAAUGUAACAUCAAAUGGAGGCUUCAUUUUCUCUCAACAUCAAUAUUAAAUUCUUAACCUAAAUUUCAAUUAAUUUAUUUUAAUAAAUUUUGAUGCAUUCUAUGAAGAAUUAAGUGAUAAGUUUAAACAUUACUGAAGAAUUAUAAACAUAAACAAAAAGAUAUACAUAUUAAAAAAUUGAAACAAAAAAGAAAGUUGAAGAAUGUUAAACAUAAUCAAAAUAAUUAAUUGACUUAAGAUUGAUUUCGUUUACGUUUACUUUCUAUUCCCUACAUUAUGUUAAUUUAUAAAAACUUUAAUCCUUUUAAAUGGAAAUGAAAAAUGAUAUUAAUAAUUUUAACCAUAUACCAGAAUAUGUAACAUGCUAUCUUUUGGAUUAAAUGGGACCAAAUAAUUUUGUAUAAAUUAAUUAAACAGAAAUAAUAGAUUCUGAUGGAAAAACAUUUUAUCAAAAUAGAUUGAAAUUUCUAAUAUAUUCAGAUUAAUCUUAAUUAGAACCUUCAUUUUUUAAGCAAAUUCCAGUUUUAUCAAAAAAAUUUUGA